AUGGGCAGUUCAACCAGUGUCUACGACCUGGACGAAGAAAAUGACUCGUCCGAUAAUGACUACUUUGAGCAUGAGGUUUCUCCCACUGGAUUUACUGCAUCGUCGCCUCCACUACAGAAACCUAAUCUUGCGUCCAGCCCGGGGUUGAAAAGUCCCCCCAAAACUCAUUCGAAUCGUUCUUCGACCAAACGCUUACAGUCGCGGGCAAACGGCUUUCAAGCUGUUAGGAAGCUCCAUACGGAAAAGUAUGCCAAGCUCUUCAAUAAGGUUGUAAACGGCACGUUUGAUGGAAGCGCAGAAGCGAAUAAGCCAGUAUGUGCCCCAUCACAAAUCGGGGUGGUUACCUGGAGCUCCCAAGAAAAGGAGACAUUAUUCAACGCCCUUGAAAAGAAGGGCAAAAAUGGAAUACGGGAAAUAGCUUCACAUUUUGAAUCAAAAACUGUCAUGGAAACACAGGCUUAUCUCGAGACCUUACAUGAAGCUCUAGAGCGUCAACAACUCAUGGAACGUUUUAGCAAGAACCAUAUUCUCUCAGAUGUGCCCGCUGCGGCAGAAAUUAGCGAGGAGUGCUGCCAGGCUUUGGAAGAAAAUGCACUGGCAUUGUCUCGACUCGACGAGAAAGGUGAAAAUACUGUCGGGAGGCAGAAAUACGGGGAUAUGUGGCUUGUUGACCGCCAUGUCGCAGCGCUGGUUGAGGAUCGAUUAGAUGCGGCAAGGGACGGAUCAGGCGAUGAUGUUGAUGAUGUUGCUAACACCCUACACCCACCACCAAGCAUACUUGCCACCGCACAUCUGCUCAAUGUGGGGAACUGGAUUCUGCUUUCAGAACGAAUAUUCAUGAAUUCUGGUAAAAGUCAAAUCGAGGAUAAUUGGUACAAUCUCAGAGUGGACAAAGAAACCCCAUCCUUGACUUGCGAAGCAUUUGCCGACUUCUAUGCUCUAGCUAUCAGUAUCACACGCCGCUUGAUACAAUCUUCCAUCUUUUUUUCAAUGUCACGCAUACGGGCCCUCGAACGUGGUGGUUACCAACGCGGAAAGCUGGUGAGACGGGCGGAUGUAGGAGCAGCAUUGGACGUGUUGAAAAUGAGCCACAAUUCCCGACAAUUUUGGAUGGGUGCGGCACGACGUCAUAAUUUGAACGUUGAGGACAUACGGCAUCGCAAAGGUUUUAAGCCGACUCCCCUUACCUAUGACGAGGUUGAGGAAGAACUAUACCUUGAAGACCCGAGAUCAAGGACAUCCCGUAGCAGCAGCGUUGCCCAAUCAGUGGCUGUUUCCGAAAACAACUCUAUCUCAGAUGCUGGUGGGCUUCCUGAUGAUGCUUCCUCCGCGUCCGCAGCAUCAACCCACCAUUCAUCAAACAUUUCCACAUCCGAUGAUGAAGAGCAUCUAUCUGAUCCGGAAGAAAUGCACGCUGCAGCCUUGGAUAGAGAAUACAGUCGUGGUGAAGAACUCCGACUCUGGAGGGAAAUCAGCCUGUCUCCCCCACGAUCCCUCUUCCCUGAGCAUGAAGAUCCUGAUAUAGGUAUGGAGAAAGACACCAAAUCAACUCCUCCCAGACCAUCCGGGAAUCGGAAAAGGAAACAAGACCUGAUAGACUGGCGAGAUCGUGUUUUGUAUCGGAGCGAAUGGGAAGAAUACGGUCCGGACAUAGCCUUUGUUGAUGAUGAAUUGUCCGAGAAUCGAAAAAAGAAGCGGAGGAUUGGAUAG